UCUGUCGCAAGUUGACGACGGGGAUGGGGAUAAGUCAAUCCGAGCUUGCUUCUCCCUUUGAAACAACGUUUUUUCGCGUCAAUACAGUCUACAUUGUGGACUAAUACACCCGCGAUCCUGAAUUUUCUUUCGGAUCUGAAAUAUUCCAGCAAGCAGAGGGGUUAGAGCUACUCAGCUCUGCAGGAGCUAUCCUUUAGCUUCCUCGCCAUGUCUUCGGAUGACGAUCACCAAAGUCAACUUUCGGAGGAGAACGAGCGAAAACAUGCUUCUGAUGCCUCCGAAAGGGGAGCUAAUGACGCCUUGAACUUUGACGAUGAGCAAAUUAACGGAGACGACGACGCAGACCUUUUUGGUUCUGAAUCAGAGCCUGACGAGCACAAGCCGCGGAGACUCGAUGAUGAGGAACUGGAUUCUGGCGAUGACGAAGGUCGCUAUGACCGGCUUGGCUCCCCCAUGGAUGAGGAUGGAAUGGACUAUACGGAGUCGUUAAACGUCAUGGACCUGAGUCUCAGUCGUGUACCAGAACCAGAAUCUACAGACGGAGAGGUCUACACUUUGGCCAUACCAAAUUUCCUCGCUAUUGAGUCCGAAGACUUCAACCCAGAAACAUAUGUUGCUCCGCCCUUUAACUCAGCAUCUACAUCCCUCUGUUGGCGCUAUGAUCCAAACGAUGGUGAGAUGCUUCAAUCGAAUGCUCGGAUUGUCCGCUGGUCAGACGGUUCAUUGACCCUCCAACUUGCAUCGAAUCCAAAGGAGCAAUAUCGAAUGCCAUCUAAAAGGCUCGCUCGUUCUAACAAGGCGCGAAAAGCUACUGACUACGAUUCUGAGUUGGAUGCACACGCUUAUCUCGGCGCAGCUGCUGAAGCUUCUUCAGUGUUCCGUAUUACCUCUCACCUUACGUCGUCGCUAAGCGUCCUCCCAACAACGGUGGAAACCGACGACGCUGUCCAACGGCUCAAAGAGUCAUUGGAAGCUGCUGCGAGGGGUGCAAAAAAGAACCCGGAUGGCACUGUCACCAUGUUUGACGUCGCUGAAGACCCAGAAUUGGCCAAGAAACGUGCUGAGCUUGCAGAGCGUGAGAAAUUGCGAGCAGAUCGUAAGCGUCAGCUGGCCGCAGACCGUGAUCUUGACCGAGGAAGGCGUGUCGGUAUUUCCUAUAGAACCGGAGGAGGUGGGCUCACUGUUGCUGGAUUAGAAGGCGACGAUGAUAUGUUGACCACCAGAGCCCGUGGCGCAAAGAAACCCAAACGGAGACCUAAUCGUCGCGGGGAGAUAUAUUCCGAUGAGGAAGAUGAGUACGAUCGAAGAGGACGGACAAGGGAAGAUGAGUAUGACGAAGAUGACGGUUUCCUGGUUGGUAGCGAUGAAGAACCAGAGAUUAUGGAGGAUGAAGACGAAGAGGAAGAAGAAUUUGAAGACGGAGAUGCCGAUGCCGAAGGAGAAGUUGAUGAGGAAGCGCCACAGAAACCAUCAAAGAGAGAGCCCUCACCAAAAAGGUCACCAGUGGAGACCCUUCGGAAGAGUGCUGAACCUGAAGUUGGAUCACCGCCUGCCAGGAAGAAAAAUCGAUAUGUCGUUGAUGAUGAUGAAGAUGAUGAGUAAGGAGGGCAGAUCUUGUGCCUGGAACAACAAUAAUGCCCUCUUCGCCUCUCCUUCCUCUCUGGCCGUUGGCAGCACAACCACUGACGCCGUAUUUUGCUUCUAAUAAUAAUAUUUUAUGGGAAUUAAUAUAAAAGCGGAACCCGAAAUGAUACUUGGCCCCCAAUAAAACUCGCGUCCCACUUCCCGAGCGCUACAGAAGCGCAAAACCCCUUGACAGCCCCGCGGCAGAUCUAUGCUUGGGGGUGUCAACCGGCCUUGUACAAUAUUUUUGUUCGCCUGCAUAAUUUUUCACCCUUUACUUGGACACUACGAAACUUGGCGCAUAUCCCACGCAUGACGUCUAGACUUCGGGUAUUGUGAUCAUGCGGAAAUGGAAACCAAAAAUUAAAAUGACAAUACAAACUGUUCAACAAUGAGAUCCCCUUUGCCCUUUCCAGUUUUAUUCUAAAACCCUCUUGAAAUUCCUAAGAUAAGAGCAUUCUCUUUGCAAAUAUAUUGUGACAAGGUUCUUCGCCACAACCCUUGAUGUGUGUCAAAUCAGCAAUCUCUCAAUACUUGCAAGAAUUAUGCUUCGUUGUUUUCACUUGGCAUUGGUGGAAAAUCUGAUAACAACCCCGACAAGGAGCCUGAACCCUCAGUCCUCACCAUCCCUCCCUUUCAACGCCAGGGCAUUAUUUCCCCUCAAAGCCUUACUCCCCUACAAGCCAAGAAAUAGAUGGAAAAAGAAAAGCAAAGAACAGAGCUAGCACUCAAACCCAACUAGCAUUCUUCCUCCCUUUUCUUUUCUGGCCCCCACCCAACUCGUAGAAAGGCUAGAAGCCACCCAGUUUCAAACCCCACAUCAUGAAAUUUGUUGGAAUAACUAGUAAAAUGGAAAUAAUAAAAUCGGGCUUUGAGGUAUCAGCCAUAACAUCCCCGCGUUCUCAAGAGGGCUUUGCAUUAGCUUCGUUCGCAUCUGGAUACCACCAUAGUAGCUCCUAGUAUCCUCGAGUCCCUCGGAUGAAGAACACGCAUGUAACCCUUUUUGUUUUUCUUGCUUCGUUCCCAAGUUUUCUUAGCCAAAAACUAGGGCUAAGUUACUUAUUUUCGUUGUUACUCUCAUUUAGUUUUUAAUUGUUUUCCAUACAUACAUAUACUGGAAAGACAGCUGAAAAACAAAAGCAACUAUCACCAAGGGUCAUGCUUAUUUGAUCUAGGCAGUGGAGGAAGACCUGUAAGGAAAGAAUAAACUUUUAGCGCAGCACACAAAUCCAUGGCGAUCCGGUCAUAUAUAGUAACAAUGGGGCUUUAAAAAAAAAAAGUUUUAGCUAGAAGAAACUGCUUGGUGGUUAUUUUCACUCCAUUUCAGAACAAGUCAUGAGAUAUUUUCAUUUGCCUUUUCUUAAUCGCCUCUCAUCUUUGCUUGCGACAUAGCGGUCAAUUCAUUAAUAAUCAUACCUGCAUACAAGUCAGGCUAGCUUUGGACUAUUGAACAAGGCAAGGCAGUAGUUAUCCUCGAUGAUCCGAAUGUGCCAAACAAACCGGCAGCUCAUGUCCCUCGCGUCCCCCUUCCAACCUCUUGCCCCCCUCCCAUCCCCCCCACUAUCAAAACACAUCCCACCAGACGGGAAAGAUCAUACGACCCCAAUCCCUAUACCCCGGGAACUCCAACUUCUUCACUCCUCACAGCACAGUUUCACAGUCCCAAAGGCGCAGAACUGCCCAGAUGACAUGCGGGCACACUCCGGAUCAUGGCAUGUUCCGUCAUCGUUGGAAGUAGACGCGCAAAAUGGCUUCUCAUCGCGGGGACAUCGGGCAUUACAGAAGGGGGCUGUGCCAUACCACCGCUUCUUAGCUGUUGCUGUCGUUAUGGCGGUGGAAAGGACGCAGAGGACGACCAGGGAGAAUUUCAUGCUGGGGGGUUAUUUGGCUGGUUUAUGUUGGGUUGGUUUUGGGGCUUUUCACUUUUUUGCGUUUGGAGCUUGUUAGCAAGCUAUCCUGGUAAGGGUGUCAAAAGGAAGUCCUCGGUGUCCCAUAAAUAUUUAUUGACAGACGGUUAGAUGCAAGAUGUGGAGAUUCUUUUCGGAAUCAUCGCGGAGUUGGGCACUAGCUGCUUACACUGCAGAAUUUCUAGGCUGAUACACGCGUGCUUUUGAGAUGCCUGUUCAAAGCAGUCCGACGGAAUUCUGAGCAAUUGGGGGGAUUUUUGGUUUUUCCAAUCUAGAUAGAAAAUUAGCGCUCUGACGUCCAUAUGUCAAGUUUCGACUCGGGAAAAAGGUUGCAACCUUACAUUUGCAAGAAGCGCGUUCUCAUGACAUGUACGUAAUAAUGUACAUGUAGCUCUGUAGAUAUCUAAGAGUUGUGAUAUUCGCAGGAUUGGAGAAAGUACAUAUUCUCCCUGGGGGCCCCCUACCUCUAUCAAUGCCAUUGUGACUCCUUUCCCAUGUUUUAAUUGUGUGGAAGAACCUUGGGACGGGCGUUCAUGUGGAAUGCAUGACUGCAAGUAUUUGUUUGUUCUCUGAGAACAUUUCAACUCGAGAUGCAGCGGAAUCUUGCAGACUUGAAUUUCAGCUUCCUGCUAGAUUUUCACUAGCAGCAAAAUCACCUGGUCUGUUUUACCGUGCCCUUCUCUUGCAUACCAUUUACCCCGCAAGUGUGGAACCAAAUCGUACAUACAUACAUAGUAUAGCGGCACACAGGUUGCCUGUCUGUUGCAAACGGGCCGGUUUGACUUGUUACACUGCAUCGAAUCGAGCUGCAAAAUCAGAUUCAUAUCCCCCUGUUUAUGUGCUUCUUUUUGCAAAACCAGUUAGUCAGUUCUUCAUCCCCUCUCAACAUGCCAUGCACUAAAAGCUGCAAUACCCUUCAACCAAAGGAGGCCAAACCACCUUCGCUUUGUGCGGAUAAUCGGGCUGAAUACGUCCAGGCGUCCUCCUCCCUGAUGAUGCUUACUGGACUGAUAGGGAGGAAGGGCUCUCCUCACCCACCCCGGUUCGGAUAAGCAAGACCAGACCGAGGUUGUGAAUCUCAAUCUCAGCGUCUGAUUCGAGGAAAGACGAGCAGCAAGCUACAAUAUUUUAAACGCGACGGGACAAG